AUGCCGUCCUCAAAGGCCCGGUCCAGUCCGUCCGUGGACCGGCGCGAACGUCUGACGCUUGCGAAACUGGCCAGCUAUGACGAUGUCGCAACAGAUGCGCUGGUUGACUGUGCUUAUUUUUGGACCAAAACCCGCAAAAAUCGAACGAAAUAUAUCCCUGUCCGCGGCCUGGCCGAAGAUACCGUGGCCCAUAUCCUUUUACACGAUGUUAUAGUCGCGAAGGAUGUGAGCGCAGCAGAACGGAAAAUACUAGAUCUAAUUGGCAUGAAGAGAUACCUGGCAAAAUUACCCAACGACCGCGAAAAGGACUGGUUCCGCAAACACCUUCGCAAAUAUAUACAGAUGUACCUUCCCGACUGUCCGUUUGAGGUCACGACCACCAAUCGCUACACAAUCACCGAACAUGAGGCCGCUAUUUGCGCCCGGAAAUUUAUCCCACAAGGCCAGGAGAUCAAGUACUUGAGCGGAACUUUGGUGCCGAUGACCAAGGAAGAAGAGCGGGAUUUGGAUUUGAAAAGAAAAGAUUUUAGCAUCGUGAUGUCGAGCCGGAGGAAAACACCGUCAUUCUUCUUGGGUCCUGCCCGCUUCGCGAAUCAUGACUGCAGCGCCAACGGGCGUCUGGUGACUCGAGGUUCGGAAGGGAUGCAGGUCGUCGCCACUCGAGACAUCUAUAUCGGCGAGGAAAUUACGGUUUCGUACGGUGAAGACUAUUUUGGGAUUGACAACUGCGAAUGUCUAUGCCUCAGUUGUGAACGCGUUCCCCGCAACGGAUGGUCACAGAACCUAGCUCCUGGGCCACAAAGCAAACCGUCUACGCCAGAACCAAAGGCUAGUGAAGACCACCUUACGCCGAGGAAACGCAAGGCCCAAUCAGAUAUCGAUUCGGACAGCUCCCCCUCUUCAACUCCUAGGAAGCGGGGAAAGUUCACACCACGUGGUUCCAAACUGCGGUCUCAGUUGUCUCUUACCGAAGAUAUUGCUAUCUCAAUUGAGUCCGAGCCUCGUGUUCCAUCGUCGAAUCUGGCCUUGUCGGCGCAAGAGGCCGGCGAUUCCGGAAAGAGCAGUUCAGCCGGAGAUAAUGUGGAAUCUUCGGGGACCGAUUCUGAAUCUCUUACCUCCAUAACCCCUCAAGAAUCACAGCGAUCAUCGGCAUCCACUGCUGCAACUUCAGUGUUCGAUGAAGCCGUAUCACUCAAUACGAGGCCAACCAAAUCUGCGGUAACAACUGCGGCGCCGGCAGAAAGUUCAAUAGCGGCCGAGGCGCCUUUAUCUACGACAAUCCCUGAAACUGAUAUCAAACUUGAGGUGGAACCUUCUUGCGAACCCACCACUACUGUAACGGCACAAUUAGACACUACGGUGCGCGCUGAUAGCUGUGUAAGCGAUAUCUCAAGUUCUACCAAGUUAGAAGACGGAUCAGAAGCUCUGGAGCACGUGAAGAAACCUAGAAAACCCAGAACCAAGAGGGUCUAUUUGACCAUUGAGCCGGAGUCAAAACUGAAUCGAGUUCCUGGAGAUUACACCAAAACACCAAAACUACUAGCGCACUCGUAUGACCGCUGGGUAGACUGCCACACUUGCAACGCUUGGUUCGUACAACAAAACUCCUAUCUAACCCGGAGAGAGUGCCCUCGCUGCGAGCGCCACUCCAUGCUGUAUGGGUUCCGCUGGCCGAAGACCGAGAAAGAGGGCCCGAACGAUGAUGAGGAGAGAGUCAUGGACCAUCGCACCAUCCAUCGGUUCCUGUACCCCGAGGAAGAGGCCCUUGUAUCUCGCAGGGGCCGUGGGGUCAGUUUCGGCCUCACCCCCACCCCGGAGCUGUCUGAUAUGCGCAGCGAGACUCCUGAUAGCGAGGCUCUCGACGAACGAGGCAAUACGCGAGUGACUAGACGGCGCACUAGAGCUAUCCGAGUAACUACUGUGUAA